GAGAUGACGUACGAGCUCAUCGGGAACGGAACUGCAUUGCCCGUCGUGCAGCGGGCGUUUGUCGCUCCUUGUGCUUCGGACUACGAUUCCUAUAAGGCCUUGCGGGGAGGAAGGAAGACGUUAGCCUGGAGGACUCCCAUGGCGGGAAAUCAUGGCAACGCUUGUUGUAGCAGAGCAGGACAUGGAGAGAUUCGUCAAGGGGCUCUUCCAGGGAAGUCCUGAUCUCAGCACCCUUACUCAUGCCAUCGUGAGGAAAAAAUAUCUCACCCACAUUGGGAAGGAAGCUUUGACGAAAGAGGAGAAAGAUCACCUCAAACGGCUGAUAGAGAAAGAACUGCUGCAGAUUCAGAUUGAAGAUUCUGGCGAUGAACAGUUACUGAUUAAAUUUAAGCCUUCAGCCAAAGCUGGGGGCCAAAAGAGAGCCCUUUGUGCCUCUGAUAGCUCUGGAGAGGAGGUAAAAAGCCAACAUGAGCAGAAGAAGCAGCGAACUAUGAAGGAGCUGGAACUCAGUUCCGAUGAAGAGGAUUCUGGGAUUGAUUCUAAGAAGGCCCAAGUCUGUCGUGGCCCAAAGCAUGCUGGAAAAUCCUCAAGCUCCUCUGACCAUGGAGACUCAAGAACAUCUGAGAGCGAGGAGGAGAGAGUGAAGGAUAACGCUAUACCAACCUCCCAGAGGACCAGCAGGGCACAGCGAGGCAGAGGAAAGGGGAAAAGGUCAUUGAGUGAGGGAGAGGAGAGCGAAGGAGGGCAGGGGAGUGAAGUUGAAGAAGAGAUCAGCAAACGCAGGAAGGCAACAAAGUACCAGAUGGAAACGCUGGAGAGUAAUUCUGAGAAUGAUCUUAAAAAAAUCAAGCUCCAGAGGAAGAAAGGGAUGGGCAGAGACGAGAAAGGUCCUAACAGGGUGGGGAAGGGGGAGUGCAGAAAAGAAGAUAAGCAAAGGGGGAAAAGAGAGUCAGAAGGCGAAAGUGAUCUGUCUGAGACAUGUGGAAAGAAGAGAACAGAUUGGAGUGAUAGUGCAAAGGACAGGGCAGGAGGUGGUGGCUGGAAGUCCCAGAUCCCAAGAGGUCAUAAGGCUCGAGAGCAGAGCCAGAGUGAGGAGGAAUCCGACUGUGCUUCAAGGGAGAAGCAGAAGACGCAGAGAAAGGUGACUGGUGAUAAACACCAAAAGAAAAAUGUGAGUGUGGAAGAGUCGGAGAGUGAUUCAGAUGACACCGAGGGCAAAGGUCAGAUGAAGAAAGAUGUGCACAAGUCCAAAUCCCAGAGGGCAGGUGCAGAGAAAUGGAAGACAGACAGUGAUUCGGGAGAAAGAGAGGUGCUUAAAAAGAAGGUAAGAAAUCAAGGGAUGGAAAAGGCACAGGGGAGGGGGAUGAGGAGGAAGGAGCUGGAGGGAAAUCAGAAACAGAGGAGUCCAAUAAAACAGCAAGGAGGACACAAGCCCAAGAGAAGGGUGAGCAGAAAAGAAUUGGGAAGCGAGACAGAAGAAAAGGGCUCAGAACAAAAAAAGACAGGGAGCUCCAGUGGUAGUGAAAACGAGUCCCAGAGUGAGGCAGAGCAGAGGGGGAAAGGCAGAAAGCAGUCUGAGAAGAUAGCUGUUAGCAGAGAUGACUCAGAAAGUAGCUCUGAAGAAACUGCAGGUGUGACUCAGAGACAAAAGAGGAUGUCAGAAGAGAGAAAAGUGAACAAGGAGGUGUCUGGGGGUGAAUCUAGUGAGGAAGAAGAAGAAGAACCAAAAAAGAAAGGAGCAGAGAAGUCCCAGCGAGAAAGUGUCAGUGAAGCAAAAUCUGAGAGUGAUUCUGAAGACUCCAGCAGCGAAUCUACAGGAAAGGUGAAAAACAGAAGCUGGCAGGAGCAAAGAACACAGAAGCCCAAAGGCAGAAGUAACAGCAAGGAAGAAAUGAGUGAAUCAGAAAAGGAGGCAGAGCACAGUCACUCAGGAGAUAAAGACAGUCCUAGAUCUUCCAAGAAGCAGCAUCAUGGGAAGGACAAAGAGCAUCAUUCCACAAAGGGCGAGGAUCACCCCUCUGUCCAGCGUCUGAAGCGCUACAUCCGGGAGUGCGGCGUGCGCAAGAACUACAAGAAGCUGCUGAUGGGAUGCCGUUCCCGCAAGGCUCAGGUGGAGGUCCUGAGGCAGGAGCUGGAAAACCUGGGGCUGAAGGGGACACCCACUCUAGCCAAAUGCAAGGCCCUGAAGAAAAAGCUGGAAGAAGCAGCUGAGGUGGCUUCCCUUGAUCUCAGCAACAUUAUUACUACAGAAGGCCGCCCAAGGCGUCGUAAUGUCUGGAGUCUCUACAGCAAGCCAGAGGAGCCACCCGGAUCUCCAGAUGAGUCACCCAUCCGCCGUCCUGCAACAGACUGGUCCCGCCUUCAAGGGGUCAUCAACUCCGACGAUGAAAGCGAUUGACUGUGAGGUGGACAAGAGGGCAUCCAAGCAGUGAUGGGUCACGACCCUAGCUUUGAGGAGAAGGGAGGAUUAAAGUAAGGAUUGUCAUCUUCUGACCAGGAAGACAGUUCUUCUGGGUGUUCUUAAUCCACGUCUUUGGAUCCGUUAGGUGGAAAGCUACCACCUUCUGCUCAUUUCCUGUACCCAGGAGACAAAAGCACACAUGAUCUACUUUGAGCACAGAGAUCUUUCUCCUUCUGAAAAUACACCUGAUGUCAGAGGAAAUGGGUAGGGAGGGGACCAAGAUAUCCUAAGUACAAAAUGCCUAAAUCUGUGCCUGGAUUGAAACUUUAGUCAGGCAGUAGACAUCCAUUCUCGUGGGAAAUCCCAGAGGAGGCAGCAGCAUAUACGCGUGCGUAAGUUCUUUAAAUAUUUACAUUGUUUGUCUUUGUCUUCUGCAGUAUUCCUAAACAAGGCACAAAUAAGCAUGAGUGGGGAAGGGGGGGUUAUUUUCAUUUCAGACAUAAACCUAGACUGUGAUGCAGCACAUGAAAAUGGCUGGGCUUGCCCAUGCCCUCCUUUCUCUUCUCUUUAUCUAGCAAACUUGGGAUCAAGUGCACUUAGCAUAAAACCAUAGUUUGCAUUUGCAUCUGACAUGCCAAAGUUUACAGCUUGUCGUUCAGUCUAGGAUUGCAAGCCACAGGUUGAAGCUGGUUUACAGUCUCAGACGAGGGGGAAGCACAAACCGUAACUUGGCCAACUUGGGCUUAAAACACAAGAUGUGGUUUGUAUAAGAGUAGAAGGAGCUAACUGGUUGAUCUUGUUCACUUAGCAACAAUGGCUUGGUGUUGCUCUGGAGCAACCCAUACUCUGGGACAAGGCCAGCUCCUUUCUGUGUCCUGAAGGUCCCUCCCUCUCCCAGUUUAUUUUGGUCAUCUGUAAAGAAUCUAAUUCUAAAAUGGACCCUGUUCAUAUGGAAGAUGGCACCUUUAUAAAGGGGUACAUAUUGUGUUUAUGUUUUGUACAUUUUUAUGACUAAAUUUUUUUUAUAUUUGUUAAAUAAAGUAUUCUGUUGUGUUC